AGAUUUCGUUGGCUGAACGAAUUAACUCAGCGAUUGAAGAGGCUGACUCGUUCAGGGAGGAGUGCCAACGAGUUGGGUGCUUAGUGGGUAGGUUGAAGCCGAUGCUUCGGUAUCUGAUCGAUUAUAUCGCUGCUGCUCAGACCCUAUAUGACCGGCCGAUUGUCUGCAUAGUCGCUGAAGUCUCAAAAAACCUCGAGCGAGCACUGACCCUGGUCCGGAAGUGCAAGCGAUGGACCCUAUUUCGCCGGUUCGUCAUCGGCGACCGUACAACGGAUUUUUCCAGAAUCUUCACUGUUCUGGAAUCUUCAAUUGCUAAUUUGAAUUGGUUGCUCAACCUCAUCGACCCAUACACCGGCUGCGCCACCGGCGAAUGGAAUCUAUCCUUGCCUCCGAUCCAUGAUCUGGUUAUUUCAUGGGUCUGGUCGUUCAACGCCACCCUAAAAAUGGGUAAACUUAAAAAUCGCAUCGAGGCCGCUUACAGUCUUGCUUCGCUUGCACAAGCGAACGAGAGGAACAAGAGAAUCAUCGAGGAAGAAGGCGGAAUCCCUCUUCUGGUAAAGCUUCUCAGAGAUACAUUCCCGCCAGAGGCGCAAAUUGCGGCGGCUAAUGCGCUUUAUAUUCUCUCAGAUGACCAAGAGAGAGUGAGGGCUAUUAUGACCGGUGGCGGAAUUCCAGCAAUCGUUCAUCUAUUGAGGGCUUCCCCCAUCAGGGUUCAGAUUCAGGUGGCGAGUCUGGUUGCGAGAUUAGCGGAGAAGUACCCCCAGGCGCAGCAGGCUUUCGCAGAGGAGCAUGUGGUUGUUCCGCUGGUCAAAUUGUUGUCUUUUGAGCUAUUGCCCGAACUACUCAUCCCACAAUUUAAGCAUAAACAGAGCAUUUACUCUGUUUAUGAGAUGAAAAAGAAAAUCAACAAACACAACUCCGUCGGACUCAAUCCAGAGAUUGACAGUCGGUACACCAAUUUGUGCUUAAAUUGGUUCUUCGAGGGGAGUAAUCGCGCUAAAAUGCAGAAGAAAGAGUGGGAAACGGCGAAGCCGGAGGUAAAAAUCCAGCUGAAGCUUAAUUGUUCAAAAGCUUUAUGGGUGCUUGCGCGAGGAAACGAAUCAAUUAGCAAAAAUAUAACACAGAGGAACGGAUUGAUGUGCUUGGCGAAGUUAAUAGAAAAGGAAAGGAGUGAAUUGCAGUUAAAUUGCUUGAUGAUUGUUAAGGAGAUAGCAGCCGCCGCUGAACAACAAGCGAAUUUCAGACGUUUAGCGUUUAAGACUAAUUUACCGGAUGUCAGAGCCGUCAUUGAUGAGCUAUUGAGGGUGAUCAAAGAAUCAGAGGGUCCUGAGUUGCAGAUCCCGGCAAUCAGAUCGAUUGGGUCUCUGGCUAGGAUUUUUCCGGCGAGAGAGAUUCGAGUGAUUGAAUCUCUGGUGGCGCAGAUUAGAAACAAGCACCGCGAAGUUGCUGAGGAAGCUGUUACCGCGUUGCAGAAGUUCGUCUGUGAAGAUCAUUUUCUUCGAUGGGAGCAUUCGAAAUCGAUAAUCAAGUUCAAUGGUGUAGCGGCUCUGAAGCGAUUGAUUGGGAAGCAGAGUCCGCAGGCAAUGGCUCUGCUCUGCUACCUUUAUGACAGCCGGCCUCUCCAGCAAUACUGGUGCACUGAGACGGAGGAGAAAAAUGGCAGCGCACGGUCGACGUAUAUGACACCGGAGAAUCCAGCCAACGCCUUUGAAAAUCUUACAAAUUCAAAAGCAUCGUCCAUCGGCUCAAAAAUGGAGACAAAACGGCCCAAGCCCAAAAACAAGACCAAAAGUCCUAACGAUCUUCUCUUUACCACAGUAAUUGGCCCUUGCAGUUGCACCUGCUCCGGUCUCCUCUUCAUCCUUGCAAAACUCAACUUCAACCCCGAUUUCCAAGAACACUCCUCAUGGUUUAGUUCGUUAUUUGCAACAGGCCUAUACAGGGAGUUCAUACUAAAAAGAGUUUGGAGGGGGAUUAGUUUUGAAGUGCUAAUAAGUUUGUCAGCAAACACUCUAUCCUUCCAAAUGAGAAUAGAAACUUCUAGAAAUAGUCUGCAUAAUUACUGGUGGAGUGUACUAACAAUGCAAACUAUAGACCGUCGCAUUGAGUAUUGUAAAUGAUAUGUAUAUUGAUCCAGUUAAUAUGAUGAGUAAAGUACACGCGUUUGUUAAAUCAAAUUUGUCUCCCAAAUCGGAUAGCAUCGCAAGUGUAUGUGAUAAUACUUGAUGAAACAUGAGACGAGCGCGCGAUCGGUCGAGAGGCAGAGUGAGUGCCUCAUUUUUUCUGUUGCUUCGCAAGUUUCUUCUUGCUUUUCUUUGUUUCUUUUUAAUUUGGACUAUUCUGUCAUCAAACAGAAAAAAGAAAUGGACUCUUGUGGA